CGUUUGAACAGCGACCAAUCAAAACGAAGUUUCUUGCAAGGGUGGGCGGUGAAAUGGGCGGGGCGUUGUAUCCAUGGUAACGGUGGGGGCAGCCCCGCCCCUGACAACAGUAUCGUCGCUUAGGAACGGACCAAGCGGAUUCGAGAAAGAGCUCCCGAGCGGGUAGAUCCAACCUGUUUAUCCAGCAAUCCUGCUGGAAUCGCCUGAAAAUCACAAUGAAGAAAAUAAACCCAGCAUUGACGUCAUCCAAAAUGGGAGGAAGCAUGAAGAAAUUUCCUAGUCAUCACAGCAUGGGGAACUACAGUAGACACAGCCACAAAAGCUCAAUGAGUUUUCUAGGGUCAACUAGUCGUCAAAGGGUAAAUUUGCAAGGGGAGAAGAUCUUGGAUAAAGGCUACAGUUCAGGAGGAAGACACUCUAUACAGGUGUUUGAUGAGAGUGGGAAAGAUGUGACUCCUCACUCUCUUAUUGUCUUAGAUGCUACUUUUGCACAAAGCAGGCAAAGUAAAAUUUUCUCCUCUCAAGAUUUACUAUCUUCUGACUACAUCCUCACUGGUACAAUGUACCAAACGGUUGUGAAUGCUAGUCUUGGUGGACCUUUUACCAGGUCCACUUUUGACAGUGGUAGUGUCUCCCGAUCAAGUCGUACCUUUUCUGAUUCAUUGGAAGACAUUGGAGACACUGCUAUUCAACAUGAUGUCCCAGGUCUACACCAAUAUUUCCAAAUCCGAAGAGAAGAUGUACGAGAACAGCUGAACGAGGAUGAUCUUAAUAAGAUCGUAGAUGUGUUUCUGACGGAGACUGAAACAUUUACCUUUCUGGACCUGCCCGUAGAAAUGGUUUCAGUGGAUUCAGCGGAAGCAGAAUCCAUCAAACAAAGAAACCAGCUGUAUAUUGAACUCUGCAAGGAGCGAGUUGGCAAUGAUCGCUACAUUGAAAGGAUGGCGCAGACGUUCAGUGGAGCACAAAAAUCCAAGGAGGUUCAGUGUGACAAGAUUAACACUCAAGAAACAGGUGUUAUGGCUACAACAUGGGACAUGUAUGAUAGUUUUAAAGACGGGGAAGUGCACAAAGAGAUUUCCUCUCAUCAAGCGAAUCAGCAGAAGGAUUUAUCACAAAUUAAUUUUGACAGAGCUAUCCUUCAAACUUUAUCAGCUAUAAAUUAUAUAGGAUUAGAAAGUCGAUCCUCCACUUCUGCAGAGUCGGAGAGUGUCAUCAAUAUCCAAGGGACUGAAGAAUUAGAGCGGGACCCAGAAGAACUCCUGAAAAAUGAGAAACUAAAGCAUGAUUUAUUCAUCAUGGAACGUGUCAUUAUGGAGAAUAUUUUCCAACCUAAACUCGCUGCUUAUCGACAACUGCCAAUUUUACCUGAUCCAGAUGGUCCAUCUAAUGCAGAGGAAGAGGUAGUCGACAGCAUAAUGCUGCUGGAUAUCAUGAGCCCAAGAUUGCAGCCACUAUGGUCUUUUACCUGUAGUCUCACCAAGGGACGCAAUGUUAGCUGCAUGGUUUGGAACAAACAUAACUUGGACCUACUGGCGGUGGGUUAUGGGCAAUUUGGAUAUAAGGAACAGAGAGGAGGAUUGAUUUGCUGUUGGUCACUGAAAAAUCCAAUGUGGCCUGAGCGCAUCUAUAACUGUGAAAGUGGCAUUACCGCCCUUGAGUUCUCUGCAGACAGCCCCAAUCUGCUGGCUGUGGGUCACUAUGAUGGAACUGUGGCAAUCUACAACAUACGCAACCUGGAAAAUGGGCUAGUUCUGGACAGCAGUAAUGAUCAGAAUAAACAUAUUGGCCCAGUCUGGCAGCUGAAGUGGACUGAACAGGACAGAAAUUCCAAAGAGGAUGAAAAGGAGGGGACCUUGAUCUCCAUAGCUGCAGAUGGCAGGAUUGCCAAAUGGACUCUUGCAAAAGGACUGGAAUCAUCAGAUUUAAUGAGGAUAAAACAAACAGGAAUGCAGACUUCCAGGAAAAUGGCAACUGAUAAAGAAAAGAAGAGUGAGGCCUCCAUUUCUCGCCAAGCACCAGGAAUGUGUUUUUCCUUCCACCCAAAGGAAGCUAAUAUUUACCUGGCUGGCACAGAAGAGGGCUAUAUUCAUAAAUGUUCAUGCUCCUAUAAUGAACAGUUCCUAGAAACCUAUGGAGUCCACAAGGGCCCAGUGUAUAAAGUAGCAUGGUCACCAUUUUCUUUGGACACUUUUCUAAGCUGCUCUGCUGAUUGGUCCAUUCAUGUAUGGAAUCAGGAAGUCCUGAGACCAGUUCUCCGAUUUUCUUCAACUAUCACAAAGGCUGUGCAUGACAUCAUGUGGUCUCCAAAGACCGCCACUGUGUUUGGAGCAGUGAAUGAGGACAGAGUGGAAGUCUGGGACCUUGCUGUUAGCAUAUUGGAUCCUGUUAUUAUCUGCCCAGCCAAUGAAGGGUUAACUUUGUCUACCAUACUGUUUGCUAAAACCACCGACUGCAUUCUUGUUGGUGACAGCAAUGGAGAGGUCAUCAUAUAUGAGCUCCAUAAUAUGCUCCAGCAGGAAGAUUCUUUGAUUGCACUAGAUGACAUCAUUACAGCCACCUUGGAUAGCCAAAUGAUCAGUGAUUCUUACAAAGAUCCAACAGAGGAGCCAACCUCUACAAAUAUUUGUGAUACAGUGUAAUGCUAGACUGUAUCACAGACGAUUCAAGGGUGGAAAGUGUUACAGCUGAGCCCAAUUCUAUCUUCAUCAAAAUCCACACAUAUGCAAAUUACCAUUAAGUGGAUCAGGAAGUGGAUGCCACUGGACUUUUUUUUCACCUUGUAGUCCAGGAAUGCUACUACCCUGGCUUUGAUUAACGCAACACAGGUUUUCUCACUGAGCCUUCAAGGAAUUACAAAAAAUGGAUAUGUGUUCACAAUUAAAGGACGCAACUCCAAUAUUAAUGGCCUGGAGAAACAGAACAAUAACACUUUGAGCGAAUAAAAUAUUUUGCACCAAAAAUUGUUUUUUAUAGAUGGUACAAUCAUAUCAAACUACUUUAGUACAAUAAAUCUAUCAGAAGUUAAAUCGAAAAGAAAUCCAUCUAGACCAAAAUAGACUGUACUAGCAAUAGAUUUACUAUUCUUGUAUAAAGUCUUCAAAGGUUUUACAUCAAACAUAUUUCCAGAUUAAAAAUGUCACUGUUAUAUAAUCAUUUCAAGGUAGAAUUUUAACUUGGUAAAAUAUUAACACAUGGCAUUUUAAAUAUUUAAAUAAAUAGAUCUCACACAAAAUAAGUUAUGAAAGUAUAAUUUGCUCAUUUUUUUAUUUAAGAAGUGAAAGUUAUUUAAAUAGUUCUGCAUUCAUUAUCUGAUAUCAACCAAAAGUAUCAUUUCCAGGACUUCUGUGAAGAACGAACUGUUUCCAAUGUGAGGUACAAAUAUUCAUUUUUGGUAAUGGCAUAGUAUGUGUUGAUCAAGUGACAUGAGAGAUUGAAGUUGAAAUUAAAUCAAGUUUCUUUUGA